AUGAGAGGGGAGAACAUGACCCAGGUCAGUGCCUUCAUCCUGGUGGGCUUCCCCACGGCCCCCUGGCUGCAGUACCUGCUCUUCCUCCUCUUCCUGCUCACUUACCUCUUCGUGUUGGUGGAGAACCUGGCCAUCAUCCUCACUGUCUGGGGCAGCCACUCCCUCCACAGGCCCAUGUACUACUUUCUGGGCUCCAUGUCUUUCUUGGAGAUCUGGUAUGUGUCUGACAUCAUCCCCAAGAUGCUGGACGGCUUCCUCCUGCAGAGGAGGCGCAUCUCCUUCGUGGGCUGCAUGACCCAGCUCUAUUUCUUCAGCUCCCUGGUGUGUACCGAGUGUGUGCUCCUGGCCUCCAUGGCCUACGACCGCUACGUGGCCAUCUGCCACCCCCUGCGCUACCAAGCCAUCAUGACCACGGGGCUGUGUGUCCAGCUGGUGGCCUUCUCCUUCAUGAGUGGCUUCACCAUCUCCAUGAUCAAGGUCUACUUUAUCUCCAGCGCCAAGUUCUGUGGUUCCAACGUCCUGAACCACUUCUUCUGUGACAUCUCCCCCAUCCUCAAACUGGCCUGCACGGACUUCUCAACUGCAGAGCUGGUUGACUUCAUCCUGGCCUUCCUCAUCCUGGUGUUCCCGCUCGUGGCCACUGUGCUGUCCUACGGGCACAUCACCCUUGCCGUCCUGCGCAUCCCCUCGGCCACGGGCCGCUGGAGAGCCUUCUCCACCUGUGCUUCCCACCUCACCGUGGUCACCAUCUUCUACACGGCCUUGUUUUUCAUGUACGUCCGGCCCCAGGCCAUUGAUUCUCGGAGCUCCAACAAGCUCAUCUCUGUCUUGUACACUGUCCUCACCCUAAUCAUCAACCCUUUGAUCUACUGUCUGAGGAACAAAGAGUUCAAGGGCGCCUUGAAAAUGGCUCUGGGCUUUGGUCGAGCUCCAGUGUAG